AUGACCCAAACAAAUACUAAGAAGGCCAACUGGAGCAAAUAUUCAAAAUCUGCAAGCUAUAACACCCCAUGGCUACUUGCUAAUGAUGGGAGAAUGGUUCCAGCAGCAAAGUAUUCACGUUGGACAUGCUGGAAGAAAGCCACUCGGAGGCUUCAUUUGGUCAUCAAGAUUAUCAAGAAGCAGCUGUUGUAA